AUGCAGGCGCGGCGUCUAGCCAAGCGCUCCAGCCUGGGCAGCCGCCGGGGGGGCGCCACGCUGCAGGCGCCCGGACCCGCGCCCGCCAAGGAAGGCACCUUGCCCGGGCUCCCGCCCCUCGGCCCGGGCCCGGCCCCGGCCCCGGCCCCAGAGAGCUGGAGGCCGCCGCUGCCGCCGCCGCCGCGCAGCGCCGGGACCGGCCCCCCUCGGGCCGCCGGGGCCGCCGGGGCCGCCGCCGCCUCGUCGCCCGUGCUGCUGCUUCUGGGGGAGGAAGACGAGGACGAGGAAGGCGGGAGCAGGCGGCGGAGGGGGCUCGGGCGGGUGGAGGAGAAGCCCCGAGGGGGCGCGGAGGAGGAGGAUGACGACGAGGAAGACGAGGACGAGGAGGUGGUCGUCGAGGUGGUGGACGGCGACGAAGACGAGGAGGACAGCGAGGAGCGCUUCCUGCCCCUCGGCCCCGGCCGCGCGGUCCUCAAGGGCCCGGCCCGGGGCGCGUUGAAGGUGGGAAGCAUCAAGCGGGAAAUGACCUUCACAUUUCAACCAGAGGACUUAAAACGUGACUCUAAUAAAAAAAUGUCUCAUCAACACUUGUUUCCAUUGGCCAUGGAGGAAGAUGUGAAAACGGCAGACACCAAAAAAGCCAACCGAGUCCUUGACCAAGAAAAAGAAAACACACGCUCCAUCUGUCUCCUUGAGCAAAAACGAAAAGUUGUUUCUUCCAAUAUUGAUGUUCCUCCAGCAAGGAAAUCUUCAGAGGAACUGGACAUGGACAAGGUGACAGCAGCAAUGGUACUAACCAGCUUGUCCACCAGCCCUUUGGUUCGAAGCCCUCCUGUGCGGCCAAAUGAGGGCCUCAGCGGAUCCUGGAAGGAGGGAGGAGGCGUGCCUUCCAGCAGCAGCAGCAGCGGCUACUGGAGCUGGAGCGCCCCCAGCGACCAGUCCAACCCGUCCACGCCGUCGCCGCCGCUGUCGGCCGACAGCUUCAAGCCCUUCCGCAGCCCCGCGCCGCAGCCGCAACCGCAGCCCGACGAUGGCAUCGACGAGGCGGAGGCCAGCAACCUGCUCUUCGACGAGCCCAUUCCCAGGAAAAGAAAGAAUUCUAUGAAGGUGAUGUUCAAAUGCCUCUGGAAAAACUGUGGGAAAGUGCUGAGCACCGCAGCAGGUAUCCAGAAACACAUAAGGACCAUUCAUCUUGGACGUGUUGGGGACUCCGACUACAGUGAUGGAGAAGAGGACUUCUACUACACUGAGAUCAAGCUCAACACAGACUCCGUGGCAGAUGGACUGAGCAGCCUGGCCCCGGUCUCACCUUCUCAGUCCCUGGCUUCACCGCCUACUUUCCCCAUCCCAGAUUCAAGCCGAACAGAAGCUCCUUGUGCCAAAACUGAGACGAAAUUGAUGACGCCCUUGAGCCGCUCAGCUCCCACCACCCUCUACCUCGUGCACACCGACCAUGCUUACCAGGCCACACCCCCUGUGACCAUUCCAGGGUCGGCCAAGUUCACCCCCAACGGCAGCAGCUUCAGCAUUUCUUGGCAGUCUCCUCCAGUUACCUUCACAGGCAUUCCAGUGUCACCAACGCAUAAUCGUCCAGUGGGCACGGGAGAGCAGAGACAGCACACACACACCGUCUUGUCCUCGCCACCCAGAGGGACGGUCAGCCUGAGAAAGCCCAGGGGAGAAGGCAAGAAGUGCCGGAAGGUAUACGGCAUGGAGAACCGAGACAUGUGGUGCACGGCCUGCCGCUGGAAGAAAGCCUGCCAGAGGUUCACGGACUGAGGAGAGAGGCUCACCAAGCGGGCGGCCCAGGGCCCUGCUGCCCUCGCCUUCCACUGCGGGUUUGGGAAAGCACUUUUGCUUCUGAACAAAAUACACUUGAAGCCCAGGAAAAGCACUUCCAGGAAACUUGGUGGAAUUACAGCAAAAAAAUAAGGUCACCACCCUCCACUGCUCCUGCUGAGAAUCCAGCCUGGAGCGGCUGUAACUGUUUUUUUUUCCUUGAAAAGAAAAGUCAGCUUUUUUUUGCUGUAUGCCUAGGUCUGCAAACUGUGGACUUCCAUAGCAAUGGAACCAACAAAGCCCCUUUCACCUAGAAAGGAGGCAUAUUUUGAUAAGCUUUCUGAAUAAUGCCAUUUCUGAGAUUUUUUGACAUCGUAAAAAAAAAAAAAGCGACGCGUUAUUCAGUAGCAUUUGUACAGAGAACAACACUUGCUUUCAUCGUGAAUACUAUUUUCCCUGUUUUCCAUUUGACUUCCUGGAGCAGUGCACAUCAUGAUGUGUUGCCGGAAAGUGCAGCACUCUGGGUAUCUCUUCUAUGUCUUGUUUGUUUGUUGUGUUUGCAAGAAUGGCCCCAGACGGAACCGUGGCUUGGAGGGUCCCAGAUGGCAUAAACCCGAAAGGAGAUCACCAGCAGACCUCAGACCCUGAAGCUGAGUUCAGGACAUCCCGCUGUAACGUUGGGAACAUCUAGGAGUCUUCCUCAGAUUUCUAAGAAGCCCUUCCUCCGAGAGGUGGCUCGGCUCAUUCUCUACCUGUCACAGCUCGAUCAACGACUGGCACAGGUAGCCACCUGGGUAAGCCUCGAUGCUUCUUUCAGGGAUGCAACGCGAGCCGCAGCACAGAUCCGUUUGUCACUGCUUGUGUGACAGUGCUGUUGCCAGGUUAGUGGGUUGUCGGGCCGUCCCUCAAAACCCCACCAGUGGCUGGUUUCAGAACAGGUAGAGAAUUCCGACUAUCCCAGCAGGUUUGCUGUAGACAGCGGAGUACAGCCUAACACAUCCCCCUCUGUUCAGAAAGACAUGUGAAGUCAGCAAACCGACAUCCAUUCUGAGUGCACUUUCACAGGUUUUAUGCUUUAGCAUGUCUGGGAGAUGGGUUGAUGGACAAUACAGAUGUGAUCUGAGUACAUGGAAGGUCCAAAACUUUGUUUUUCUUAUUCAAAUACUGGCACUGUUCGCUUAGAAUUUGCUCAGAGGGGAACGUACAGAACACCAAAAGGAAAAUGCAUGUGGGUAUAGGAAUCUCUCAAUUUAGUAGGACCAGGGCUUGCACUGUGUUGCAUUUAGCAGGUUUCCUAGCCUAGUAUGUUUGUUUGUUUGUUUUGGUGGUAGUGGUGCGGGGGAGGGAGUAGUUGUCACGUUCUAUAUGUACGCUCAUUGUCUGUCUGUCCCACUCUCGAUUGCCCUGCUAAAGAGUUACUUCUCCUAUACCUAUGCAAAGGAUUAAGAGCACCUUAUAGGAUGCACUGUGUCAGGAUGGGGAGCCGACGAUCAGCCAUAGGAAUGUUCAGUGAAAUUGCACAGAGGAGAGGUUAAUAUAUGUUUAGAAAUUGUACAUACACGUUUGUUUUAGAGUUGAAAGAAGUCAGUUAGGAAUAGCAGAAAUCCUUUUCCUUUUAGAAGCAAGGGAAAUAGAAGGAGGUUUCACAGUGUAAUAGCCACAACCUAUACAUUCAUAGAUUUUGGCAAUUUUAUUUUGUAAGCUUUCAUGUGACUUUUUAAAUAUUAUUCCUCAAAAGAGAUCCGGUUUUCCUCCUUCAUUUAUUUUUCUCUUAAAAACAUGUAUUUCAAGAGAGCAGGAAAAGAGCUUCCUUUACCUUCAUGGGUAAUUGAAAAUCAUGUUUAAUUUCAUGAUUUCCAAUCAAUAGUAGCCACAGCACCAGCUAUAAUGUGUGUUUUAGUAUUUAUGAGGUCAGCCAGGAAAGGGCAUAUUUUUUUAAGGGCAGAAGUGUAUUCGUAUCCUCAACCCCAGCAUGUCUUUUCUCCUCCCUGGAGUCCUCUUGCUUCCCUGCAGGCACCCUCUGCUGUGCCAUGAUGCUCCCUCUGGCCUGGUCCGGGAGGCUUGAGCUGUGGGUGGAUUGCCCCGUGGCCACAAUGAGUCCAGAGCCGGUGAACCACUCGAGCAUGUUCUCCGUGUACUGAAAUGAUGGCUGGGAUGCAAUCCUAGAGCAGAGGUUUUUCUCUUCGGCAAAUCUCCCUGGCUCUUGAUCCUUGGAUUAAUUAAGUCCUUCAUCAAAAACAAUUACAGUGAUGAGGGGCUAAAUCCAUCCUCCCCACCUCCCAGAACUUUGGGACACAGGGAAGGAGAGGUCUUUGUCCUGGAGGGAGGUUUUGUGGCUGCGCCCUAGAGAUGCAGCACAUGAUUCGUUCUGAGCUCUGGCCUGGAGGAGCCAUGCUCAGUCCUUACCUGGGUUUUUGCCAAUGCACAGGUAUAAGCAGAAGCGUACAGCUGAAUGCAUCUUCCCUGGGAUUUCUUGUCCUUUCUAAAGGCUUCUCUACACAUACUCUUCUGCAUCCCCAGUCACGCGGGGACUCCUUUCUGCCUACUGGCCCCGGUCUCUGGGUACUUUCUUCUCUGGCACAGGUGUGCACAGACCGUCAGUCCCUUCCUGCACACACAGACAUCCAUUUUUGGUACCAAGGCAUGUAAUAACUGGAGAACCAUCAAAAUUACCUGGCUGGCCUUGGAAAAAAAGUGACUAACUUCUUUGCAAGCCACCCAGAAAGCUACGAAUUGCAAUAUACAGCACUGAUUGUAAAAGCCAAAAUUACAGGAAAAAAAAAAGACAUACAGCCAUUUUGUUAUAUUUUGGGACUAAAUUAAGUGCCAAAUUAAGCCCGACAUUCGUUUUAUGCCAUCCCUGUGGUACCACGUUCUUUUAUGUCUUCAUUUGGCAGGGGGAGGCAGGGGGUGGGUGCAAAGGGCAGUCCCAUAGCAUGCUGGCUGGUUAACCAGAGCUCCGUCCAUCCCACGGAUCUCAGAGACUUGUCUGUUCAAAAGGAAUGGCCAUACUAUGGAUUCUGGACCCAAAGUAUUUCUAAAUAAGGCGUGCUCUAGCCUUCUGACCUUUUCUCUCCCUUGAUACUUCUUCCUUCAGAAAAUAGUUCUCAUCUCUAAGAAGGCAUUUCAUAAUAAUGGACAGGCAUUCUUCAGGUAGCUGCAAAGCAAAGAGAGUUCAUCAUCCAGGAGUAGUUUUAAGCCUUAGUCCUUCCCAGAGGACGUGCACCCAAUUUAUGGGCAGCAGUGUGACAAGCUGGAGAAGACACCCAGGUAGCAAGUGGGUGGAUUGGAGGCCAGAGAGGAGAGACAAGAGGUCCAUGGACAUCUGGCUCCCACUCACCUUGUUAAUGCUGAUCGGCCAGUGGUGACUGUCCCUGGACACCUCGGAGGGAGCUGUCAUGUCGUCCCUCCAGGAGCAGCUGCCACUCCCGUGCACGUCUCUAGUGGGCACGGACCUCCCUCCACCUUACUUGCCGGAAAGUUUCCUCUCCUGGUUGGUAAAAGCCAGGGUCAGGAAGAAGGCAGUGGGUUUCUGAACGGGUGCGGGCUCCGCGGUGAAGUGCCUGUCAGCAGCUCCGUGCACCGGGGUGCCCUUUAUUAGGUGAUUCCCUGUCCAGUCACAACUGUGUUGCAGAUGAACACUUUCAGUAGAGAACGAUGGGUGUUGCAGUUCCUGGGCUUUCCAAAAUCUUCUUAAAGAAAUAGUCACACGAAUGGUGCAAAAGAUUUCUGAGACCGAAAUGCCUCGAUCCCAUGUCAAGAUUGUCUGCGUUUAAGUCGGCUGCCUGCGGUGUCACACCAAGCCACGCUUUUGAAAGCCGCCCUGGGUUCCAUAGUAGCCAGCACGGCUGACCUGAGUCCUCCUUCAUCCGGCUUCACCGGAAAACAAAAGAGCAGCAUUCACUUGCGAAUGUUUAGAGGCAGGUGGCAAGAACUGUACGUAUAGGAGAGGAUACCUUGAGAAUAGUAGCAAAAUACUGUAAAUAAUAUUCAUUUCCUCAGGGAAAAUUAAAGGGUAUGUGAAAGAUAGAUCUGGAAGAUCCUAAGACUAGAAAGACUUUUAUUAUCUCUAGAGUCUUUCCCAGUCAGAACAGUUUGGGUGGUAUUUUUGUUUUUAACGAACAUGAUAAUUAUUUCAAGACAAAUUUACAUGAAGUGGACGAUGUCAACUUUUUGAGGAGCAGUGCUCUAUGGAAACGAGCGGUUUCUUUGUAGCUGACCUGCAGUCUAAGGCUGACAUUUGAACCACAGGCACAGUCCCUGGUGGGUAUUCACAGACUGGUGUAAGGCUUUUUCUGAAUGUAAUUGUGAGUCCGAAGCCUCGGUGUUCCUUUUCAUAAUCACCCGGUUGAUGACUGUACACAGAAUUCUGUAGGCGAAGGUGUUAAAGACGUGCACUUUGCAUUAAUAGCAUGUUAAGGAGCAAACUUCCAUGGACUUUUGCGGACAAGGUGCUGCUUUCUCUCAUGACCCUGUAGAAUUUCUAUUGACCACAUCAACUGUAGCAUUGACCUGUAUGAAGACAGGGAAGGAUUUGUGCAUACAAAUGAAUGGAAACAGAGCCAAAUUCAUGAAUAUGGAUGAGGCUGUGGAUCAUUUUGGAGAAGACGCUGGGUACAUGGGUCAACUGGAAAUUUCAUUUCUCUAAGAAAAUAACCCUACCAGCGGCACAUACACUCUCCCUGUUCCUCAUACCUGUGGGGAUUCCUCUCUACUGGAACUGUUCCGUUGUGUCUUUUUGCAUUGUAACUUGUCAAAGCAGAAGUUGGUAAAUAAAAUGAGAUUAGCACUUUUAGGUACCAAUUGUAUCACUAUGUAAUGCACACCAAUAGAGCAAGGAAGUAUAAACUGCAUUUAAGACAGACUGGUUUGCUUAUUGUGAGUGACUCUGAAAAAGCCCAUACCCAAUGAUAUACAUGCUUUAAAAGGUGUACCUAUCAUAGGACCAGAAAUCAAAGUGGCAAUCUUACUUCUGGUCCUGUUUUGUAAAUAGUUUUUUUUUUUUUUUUUUU